AUGGUAAAAUAUGGAAGUGGGACAGCAUCAACGUCUACCUGGGUUGUUGUAACCAAACAACCAGAAACAAGCACGAAGUACAAAUUGGAACGACUGACAGACUUGUAUGUGAGGGAGAUAGUCAGGCUGCAAGGAGUGCUAACUAGUGUGGUGUUUGACAGAGAUCCAAGGAUUACAUCAAGGUUUUGGGAGAGCCUGCAGAGGGCGUUGGGUACUAAAUUGAAGCUUAGUUCUACGUAUCAUCUGCAGACCGACGAUAUGAUCCAAAAACAGAAUGAGCAAAUCAAGAUGAUUAGAGAGAAGAUGAAGGCUGCACAUGAUAGGAAAAAAAGCUACUAUGAUAGGAGGAGGAAUCCUUUGGAGUUUCAGGUGAAUGAUCAUGUGUUUUUGAAGGUCUCAAUUGGUCAUGCAGUGUACCAAAUAGCAUUACCUCUGAAUCUCUCAAAUCUGCAUCCGGUGUUCCAUGUAUCACAACUCAGGAAGUAUGUACUGGAUCCUUCUCAUGUGAUUGAACUGGAUCCAGUUCAAGUGAGAGAGGACUUGUCCUAUGAUGUGUACCUGGUGAGGAUUGCAGACCACCGUGUUAAGCAGUUGAGGGGCAAGGAGAUCUCGUUAGUGAAGGUGAUAUGGAGCUCAAGUGAUGAAGGAAAUGUCAUAUGA